GACAUGCCCCUGGCCAACUGCUCCGUGCACAGCAGGGCAGUGGAGGCGUCGGUGGCCACGCUGCUCCUGCUGGAGUGUGGGCUGGGCCUUGUGGGCAAUGCCAUCGCGCUGUGGACGUUCUUCUUCCGUCUAAAGGUGUGGAAGCCCUACGCCGUCUACCUGUUCCACCUGGUCAUCGCGGACCUCCUGCUGACCGUCUGCCUGCCAUUCCACGCUGCCUUCUACCUGAGACACAAGACGUGGAGCCUUGGACACCCGUCCUGCCAAACCCUGCUCUUCCUUCGGGCCCUGAGCCGCGGGGUGGGCGUCGCCUUCCUCACUGCGGUGGCUGUAGACCGUUAUCUCCGAGUGGUCCACCCGAGGCUCAAGGUCAACCUUCUGUCCCCUCAGGUGGCCUGGGGGAUCUCAGGCCUCGUCUGGCUCCUGAUGGCAGUGCUCACCCACCAAAGCUUGUUCAUCUCUGAGGCUGAGUGCCCCAGUUUUGCACCCCGGGGAUAUUUCUCCUUCAGCCUUAUCUGGCAGGAGGUGCUCUUCUUCCUCCAAGUGAUCCUUCCCUUCGGCCUCAUCUUCUUCUGCAAUGCCAGGAUCAUCAGGACUCUCCAGGGGAGGCUCCGGGACCCAGACAAACAGCCCAAGCUGCAGAGGGCCCAGGCGCUGGUGGCCGUGGUCGUGGUGCUGUUCGCCCUGUGCUUUCUGCCCAGCUUCCUAGCCCGGAUCUUCCUGGCCAUCUUCCGAGGGUCGGACAGCUGCAGGGUCCUGCGGGCUCUGGUGCACUCGUCCGACGUGACCAGCAGCCUCACCUACCUGCAGAGCGUGCUGAACCCCGUGGUGUACUGCUUCUCGAACCCCGCCUUCAGACACUCCUACCGCAAGUUCUUCUACACUCUCAGAGGCCGAGGGCAGGACGCAGAGGUUCCGGGCUGCGACCUCAAAGACUCCUAUUCCUGAGGACAGAGAGCUCACUCGCCCCUGUUUUUAUGAGAACUACCUCAGAUCCAAGUAAUAAUGACCAUUAGUUAGGAUUCUGGAAGAAGAGGGAAUCUUGAGACUGCACUACCAAGAUAGAGACAUAAACUUGGACAUAACAGCAACAAAUGGUAAUAAAUACUUUGUUUACCAGGAUUUUCUUCUGCUAUUUCACACAACAGAGCAGCAGAUCAAAAUUAGGAAGCCAGAGCCUCCUUUUUACCUGACGAUGGUUAAAUGGCUAAAUUGAAGACUCG